CACGCCUGUCAAAAAUCGCAAAUAACGUUGUAAGAGCCAGACGUACGAAGAAAUUUUAUCGCCGGACUUAUCAUAUUUGCGGCCGAAUUUCGCAGGAGACUAGAAACAAAUCGUCCUUGUGCGUACACCACCGCGUGAACUCACGCUGCAUCAAUCACAUACGCCGGUCGGGAACAUGUGUAGACGGUUUGCAAAUGGCUAACACAUUUUUUGGUUUCGACACAGCGUUAAACAAUGAGAGUAAUUUAUUACCGGACGAGGACGCCGACCUGGCCGAAGGGGAAGAGGAUGAAUACGACGCUCUCAACGAUGAGACGUUCGGCUCGUUGGGUGAUAGCACUGUGUUGAAUGAUGAUUGGGAGGAGCAGCAUCAGCAGUAUGCUCAUUAUGAUGAGAAUUCUAAACAUUCAGAACACAUUGAAAACUCAAUUAGAGACUUGGUGCUUAAUGACUCUGAUGAUGAGACGCCCUCACACGCGGUGCCGACGACAAAAGGCGUCGAUUGGUUCUAUGGCGCGCGCGAGCAACAAGCGCAGAUGCAACGCGCCAUACUCCAACAACAACAAUGGCAGAAAAACGGCAGCGUUGCGCCGAAACUCGACAAAAUCGGCAUGGACGUCCCGCAUAUACCCACUGUCGAAGAGAUUGAGAAGUUGUUCGCCAGUCCAAAGAUGCCAUUUCAUCCACAGCACCAGCAACAACAUCAUCAUCAACAGCAAAUGCUACAACAACACAACCAACAGAAUAUGCAGAAACGACCUGCACAACAGCAACCGGCGCGUUUCCCACCCGGUUUCCUGCCAAUGCCACCUCAGGUAGCCUCGCAGCAACAACAACGUCCCUUACUUCCCGGCCUACAAGCACCACCACCACGCAUGCCGCCCGGCUUCCCUGGCAUUCCAGGAAUGCCCGGCGUACGACCACAGUAUCCAUCGCAGUAUCCCAUGCUUCGACCCGGCAUGCCGCUUCCGCCGCAAAUGCAACAGUUUGCCAACUUUCCGAUGAUGCCGACGAUACGCAACGGCCCACCGCUACCGCCACACCUGCAACAACAACAACAGCAACAGAUGCGGCAGAUGCACAUGCAAAUGGCGGCCGCCGCGCAACAACACCGCCACAAACAGGAGCAGCAGAUGAAUCAAAACAAUCGCGGUGCGAGUCGGCCACGCGAUGAAUUCGACGGUUUAAUGACGAAUAGAGAGAAACAAUGGCUGUUGAACAUACAGCAUCUGCAGCUGAACACAGGCACGCCUUACUUUGACGACUAUUAUUACACCGUGUUCAAAGAACGCAAAGCGCGCAAUGAUAAAGAGAAUCUACCGCAUGUGCAUCAUCAUCAUCGCCAGCAGCAGCAGCAACGCAAUCGGAAUAACUCCGAGCGGUCGGAGAAUCAACUGCAAGCGCGUACGUAUACUCCGCAGCAGUUUGAGAACUCGCUGGGUAAGCUGCAGUGCGUUUCGGUGACAGCGCCGAGGAAAAUCAUCGAUACGGAUGUGGUGACACUCGAGAAAGACACCGAUAGUACGCCUGCGCGUGAUACUCGUAAGACAAAACAACUGCUAUUGGAUCUAGAGUCGUUGUAUUCGCUUGUACUCAAAGCGGAGGAUCUGCUCAAUCCCAUCGCGGUUGCCAACAUGGAGAAACUCGUCGAGAUUAAGCAGAAGCAGCGCCUGCGCGAGAUGGAAUCGGCGGCGACGCCGGAAGCGAAACAGGAGUUGUUGAGGUUGUUGCAGGCGGAAUCAACGCCUCAGCGUGAUAACCCAGUGGAUUAUCUCCUGCGGAUAAUGGCUGGGUUACUGCAGGAGGAUAAAUUCGCGUCGUUUAUGAAUAUACGCAAGGGUAAAAUGCUGCUGUUGCGUUUAUUGGCGCUGCUGGGGUCGGAUUAUUCGAUUGAUGAGUAUGCGACGUUGUGGUGUAAGGUACUGCUGUGUAUUCCGUUGAUUGGCAGGCGUGACAUGGUCGGAGAUAAUCUCCUGCCGCGGCUGCAUCCGUACUUCAAGCGGUUUGUGCAGUCGACGCGCAUGGCCGAUGUGCUGACGAUUGUUAACAAGCUGGAGCAGAAUAUGCGGCCGACUGAGGGGCGCUCGACGCCGUUGAGUCACCUGAAUAAAGCUCCGCUGCAAUUUGUUGUUGGGAAUAAAUUUGGUGUCAGUGCUAUGGUGACCAUCCUCGUGCGUACUGAGUAUUUAAUAUCGUCGGGUAAUGCCACCGAGGCGCAGAUUGAAGAAUGGUCGACGUUCCUGCAGAACUGGGCGGAUGCGACAAGCGCACGCAGUAUGAUGGCCACCCCGCUGGAGGUGAUCCCGCGGCCGGUGUUCAUCAAGCAUCUGAAUCGGUUUCCGCGCAUCGCCGAUGAUAAGAAAGCGCUGCUCGAGCGGCACUACGUUGACAUCAAUUGACGAUGCGAUUUGCAAUUACGUAAUCGGUUUUUAGGAAUUGAAAUAUUUCGAGUUUUUAAAUUUCCCCACACACAUACGCGGCUAGUUGCGCUUAGAUUAAUUUGAUAUUUUUUUAAUUGAAUUGAAUGUUUACUGUAUUCAUAUAUAGAUUUACAUCUGAUUUUUAUCCCCCACGGACCGGUGGUCAAAGCACCCGGCUUGCUUUAUUAUUCGAUUGCUUGUGAUGUUGAUCAAUUUUUUAUACGUCUUGAUAGAGAGAGGGCGCGCAUCAUGAAUAUGUUUCCACGAAUGCGCUGCCGCUGGAAUAUGAUUCAAUCUUUUUAUGUAAAGUUUGCUUGUUUGUAUCUAUGAUGAAGAAAGGAGAGAUUUUAAACUAUCCACGAGCAAAAUAAUCGCUUAACUAUUGAGAAUGAAGUGAACAAUGAUUAUUAAAACAAUCUGAAGGUAAAUAA